AUGGAGCAGGGCCAGAACUCCGGGCCUCCAGGCCAGCAGCAGCAGACUUCCCACGGCAGUGAGCAGCAGCAGCAGCCACUAGCAGGGGCAGCUGGCCUGCAGCAACAUCGAACUAUGCAGCAGCUGCAACAACAACAGCAGCAGCAACAGCAGCCACAACAGCAGCAGCAGCUGCAUCCCGGAUCUGGCGAUGUCCCUACUGCAGCAGUUGCUUUCGCGAGUAAUCCUGUGCAGCAGCUGCAUGCGUUGCAGCAGCAGCAGGUGUUGCAACAACAGCAGCUGCUGCAACAACAGCAACUGCUGCAGCAACAGCAACUGCAGCAGCAUCGGCAGCUACUGCAGCAGCAGCAGAUGCAACUCGGGCAGCAGCUUCCCUUAAUUCAAGAGGGACAGCAGCUGCCCAUCGAAUCGUUGCAGUGGGCAAGCUCUCAAGACAUGCAGCAGCAGCUGCAGCAGCAGCUGCAGCAGCAGCAACUCCACCAGCAGCAGCUACAGCAGCAGCUCGAGCAACAACUGCACCAGGCUCAACUGCAGCAGCAGCUAGAUCUGCAGCAGCAACAGCAUCUUCAACAGCAGCUGCUGCAACGUGCUGCAGCACAAGGCAUGCGUCGUCCAUCCAGUCUUGCGGAGCAAGGCCUUCAGCAGCAGCAACUGCAGCAGCAGCAGCAGCACCUGCUGCAACCUGUGACAGGGAUGCAGCCGGCUCAGCCACUCUACCAGCAGCAAGACAGUUUGGGCCUGCAGCAACAGCCGAUGCAGCAGCAGCCGCUGCAGCAACAGCCACUCCAGCAACAGCCGCUCCAGCAACAGCCGCUCCAGCAACAGCCGCUCCAGCAACAGCCGCUGCAGCAGCAACAGGUGCAGCGACAGCCGCUGCAGCAGCAACAGGGGCAGCAGCAGCCGCUGCAGCAGCAACAGGUGCAGCAGCAGCCGCUGCAGCAGCAACAGGUACAGCAGCAGCAGGUCCAGCAGCAACCAAUGAACCCUUUGCAGCAGCAGCAGCAGCAGCAGCUACAUCUGCGUUCUGCCAUGCAAGACCGGCAGGAGCAGGAGCAACAACGGCAGCAGCAUUUGCAGCAGCAGCAGUUGCUGCUGCUGCAGCACAGGGAUGCAAGACUCCGCCUGCAGCAGCUGCGCCAGGAGCAAGGGCAGCCAGCAGCAGGAAUAGCAGCAGAACCCUUUGCUUCCUCUCCUCCUCUUUUCCGCCGUGCCUCCUACCUCCCUACUCUUGGCGGCCGCAGCAAGAGCAGCAGCAGCAGCAGCAGCGGGAAAAGCCUAGAGUACCCCUUGGCGCAGGGUAACACUAGAUGCAUCCACUGCAACAGCAUCAGCAGUACCAGCAGCAGCAGCAGCAGCAGCAGCAGCACCUGCAGCUGCUGCAACAAACCACAGCCUGCAACAAGGAGCGAGUGGAAGGCCAGCUUUAUUAACAGCUUGGCUAUGCAGAGGCAGCAGCAGCAGCAGCAGCGCGAACAGCAGCGGCAGCAGCAGCAGCAGACACAGCAACAGCAGCCAGAAUCCCAGCAAACCCUCCAGCCGCUGCAGCAGGUGACAACACCACAACGGGAGGAACUGCAGCAGCCGCAGCAGCAGCAGCAGCCGCAGCAGCAGCAGCCGCUGCGGGACCAGCCGGUGUUGCAACAUAUGUUGCCAACUCCGCAGCAACAGGCUGCUGCUCAGCAGCAGCCGCAGCAGCAGCCUCAGCAGCAGCAGCCUCAGCAGCCCGUGUCUCCACAACUGUCCCCUCUGCUACUUGCGGGACAUCAGACCCAGCAGGAGCCCGUCUUGGUGCCUCAGCAGCAGCAGCAACCCCAGCAGCAGUCGCAGCAGCAGCCUCAGCACCAACAGCAACCGCAGCACCAACAGCAACCGCAGCACCAGCAGCAACCGCAGCAGCAGCAGCAACCGCAGCAGCAGCAGCAGCAACAGCAGCAGCAACAGCCCCAGGAUAUUGGCAUGCAGAUCGCAUCGUCGGGAGCAGUGAUAGAAGCGGCUGCUGCUCCUGCUGCUCCAGCUGCUGCUGCUGCUUCUCCUCCUCUUGCUGUCCCCCCCCUAGGUAGGGCCCCCACAAUCCCAGUUGCGGGGGCCCCCCCAGCAGCGCCUUUGGGGGCACCUCCAUUUCUGUCAGGUACAGGGGGUGGCCCUCUGGGGUCGGGAACGGGGCCCCCCCUCAGCACCACUAUGGGGGCCCCCAGUCAUUCUUCCACGUGGCUGCAUGGCUCUGCUGCCGGUGGGCUGGGUGGCAGCGGGCUCAGCAGCAGCGGCAGCAGCAGCAGCCGAACCAGUAGAAGAACUAGUAGCGGCGGCAGCAGCGGCAGCAGUGGCAGCAGUGGCAGCAGCGGCAGCAGCGGCAGCUCCCUUGAGGGCCCCUCAGCGUUUUUCGGCGUUGGGGUACUGGAGGCAGCAGCAGCAGCAGUGGAAGCAGCAGAAGCAGCAGAAGCAGCAGCAACUGCAGCGGCAGCGGCAGACGCAGCAAGCUCAGUAGAGAGCAGCACCCGCAGCAGCAGCACAACAACAAUUCAGGGCAGCAGAGGGAGGUAUGCUAGCAGUAUCAGCUACCUGACGACACAGCAGCUGUCAGCAGCAACAGCAGCAGCACCAGCAGCAGCAGCAGAAGCAGCAGCUGCAGCUACAGCUGCCCGUCUGGGGGCCUCUUGGGGGAGCGUGCCAACCACCGGUAGUAUACCUCCGACGCUCCUCCAGCAGCAGCUGUUGCUGCAGCAGCAGCAGCUGCAGCAGCAACAACUACAGCAGCAACAGCAAAUGCUGCAGCAACAACAGCAGCAGCUGCUGCUGCAUGCAUAUCCAACGGUGCCUGACCAAAGCGCCUUCGGUACUUCUUCAGCGUUGCUGCCAACCCACGUGGGGACGGCAGCAACUGCCCCAGUAGCAGCAGCAACAGCAGCAGCAGCAACAGCAGCAACAGCAACCGCAGCAGCAACAACGGCACAGAUACACCAACAGGUGCAGCAGCAGCAGCAGCAGCUUCAGCUUUCAGCAGCAAAUCUGAUGCAGCAAGAGGCAACGCAAUCCGUAGGUAUAACAGCAGCAGCAGUAUCAACAGAAUCAGCACGACCAACAGCAGCAACUGCAGCAACAGUACCAGCAGCAGCAGCAGCAGCAGCACAGACAUAUGUGGCUGCUGGUGCAUCUUACGGCUCACUUACGCAGCAGCAGGACACUACUCCGUGGCAGCAACAGCAGCAACAGCAGCAGCAACAACAGCCGCUGUCAUCGUUGCAGCAGCCACUCCGGCAGCUCAUGGGGCAGCCGCCGGAGCAGGUCGUGCUGCAGCAGCCGCCGCCGCAGCAGCAGCAGCAGUAUCCACGACAACUCCCACUGGAGCAAACAGCAUUGGGGCAGCAGUUGCAAACGCUACAGCAGCAGCAGCAGCAGCAGCAGCAGCAACAGCAACAGCAGCAAGAAGCUCUUCAGCAGCAACAAGAACAGGGCGCUCCCGAGCAGCACCAUCACCAGGGUUUGCUGCAGCAAGAUCUGCUGCAGCAGCAAACGUAUCAGCAGCACCUUGUGCAACAACUGCAGCAGCAGCAGCAGAUCGAACAGCAGCAGAUGCAGCAACUUCACACUGAACAGCAGCAAGUGCAGCAGCAGGAGCAGCAGCAGGUGCAGCAGGAUCUUUUGCAGCGACUCGAUGCCACGACUCCGCAGCAAAACCUGCAGCAGCAGCAGCAGCAGCCCGUUGCUGCUGCACCGUUGACACUCGAGCAAGUUACACCACCUUCAGCAGCAGCAGUAGCACCAGCAGCAGAAUAUUACCAGCAGCAAGUGGAUGCGCAGCAGCUGCUAGUUGCUUCUGAUCAAGUGCAGCAGAGCCAAGCGCAGCUGGAACAGGAGAUGCAUGCUCUGCAGCAGCAGCAACAACAGCAACAGCAGCAACAGGCAGCAGCUGAUGCUUUAUCACAUCAGCUUGUGGGCGAAGAGGCAUUUUUGCCACUGCAGCAACAGCAGCAGCUGCAGCAACAGCAACAGCUGCAGCAACAGCAACAGCUGCAGCAACAGCAACAGCUGCAGCAACAGCAACAGCUGCAGCAGGACAGCCAGAGUAGUUACCUUGGGCAGGCCCAAAUUACUGGUGGAGAGCAGCAGCAGCAACAACAACAGCUUCAGCAGCAGCUACAGCAGCAACAGCAGCAACAGCUUCUGCAACAGGUGCAGCAGCAGCAGCAGCAGCAGCAGCAGCCAUACGAUUUAUCGCAGCUGCAGGUGUUAGCAGAUAAGUGGCUACAGGAGAGACUUCAAGGUUCUGUUGACCCCUUUGAUAUUUUCUUACAGAAGCAUGCAGCAGCAGUAGCAGCAACUGCAGCAGGUGCUGCUGCAGCAAGAACUGCAGCAACCGCAACAAUGACAGCAGCAGGUGCUUCGGCAGCAUCGACUGCAGCAGCAGCAGCUGCUGCUGCUUAUGCUGCAGGACAGAUGGGUCUUACUGCCAGUCUAUCAGGAAGCCACGUACUACUAAGCCAAGGCCAAUCAGUAGCCUCAGGCCCCAGCAGCAGCAGUAGCAGCAGCAGCAGCAGCAGCAUUUGGGGCCCAGGUGAUAGUUCAGGUUUCUCCCUUGAGAAGCCACAAUGGCGUCCGAUAGUUGAAGGUGAGGCGGACAGAAGGAGCAGCAGCAGCAGUAACAGCAGCAGCAGCAGCAGAAGCAACAGCAGCAACAGCAACAGAAGUGUUCGCGGAAGCAGCAGCAGCAGCAGCAGCAGUAGCAGCAGACCCGAAGUAGUCCAUGAUCCUCACCCACCACGGCCUCCUCCAGACACCAAAACAAAAGACAGUAGCAGCAGCAGCAGCAGCAGCAGCAGCAGCAGCAGCAGCAGCAGCAGUAGCAGUAGCAGUAGCAGCAGUAGCAGGAACACUAUGCGUAUGACCCAUCAAUGUGACCGUAGUAGCAUGCCUCAUGCAAAACCGCGUAGCAAUCCAAGCAGCAACAAUCCCACAAGCAGCAAACCAAGCAGCAGCAGCAGCAGCAGCAGCAGCAGCAGCAG